GAUCGUAAUAACUCAAUUUAAGGGGGUUUAAAAUGAAAUUUCCCAUAAAUUAAUCAUCUUCUUGGAAAUCCUAGUGUUAGAGCCCAGUGACCAGUCCCAGCUGAAGCGGCACUCUGCACACACACUCAACACACACACAGCGUGAAAAUGCCGACGGCAAACAAGAUGCUCGAAAGAGCUCUCUCUAUACGGCGGCCGCCGCACGCUACCGAGGUCGCCGGAACCGCCGAAGGCGACGGCGGCGAUGGAACGGGCGACGAGUCGAAGAUCCGUAAGCACGUAUCUGUUGCUAUGCGGGUCACUAAUUACUUGACCCGAACAGGGUAUAUAUGGCCGAUUCUCGUCAUUGGGCUAAUUAUCGUUAUAAUCUCGUCUGUAAUUAUCAGCUCACGAGAUUUAGUCUGCAUCUCGGCCUCCUCCUCCGAUCACAUCUCACGGCUGAGGUUUUUCGGGUUCGACGGCCUGGAAUCGGACUUCGGAUCCCUUGGCGUUCCCUGGUGCAGAUCGAAACAUGGAAAAGACGUCGAAUGGACGUCCAAGGAUUUACUCAAAGGUCUUGAGGAGUUUGUGCCAAUAUACGAGACAAGACCGAUUAAGAACAACAUGUAUGGGAUGGGUUUCGAUCACAGUUUUGGACUUUGGUUCAUUGCGCGAUGGUUGCAGCCAGACUUGAUGAUUGAGAGUGGUGCGUUUAAAGGGCAUUCCACGUGGGUUUUGAGGCAAGCAAUGCCGGACACACCUAUUGUGUCACUUUCGCCACGUCAUCCUGAGAAGUACCUCAAGAAAGGGCCUGCUUAUGUUGAUGGCAAUUGCACGUACUUCGCUGGAAAAGACUUUAUGGAUUUUGGAAGCAUGGAUUGGGGAAAGGUGAUGAGGAAACACGGGAUCAAGGAUCGUAGUCGGGUUCUUGUCUUCUUUGAUGACCACCAAAAUGAACUAAAGAGAUUAAAGGAAGCUCUGAAAGCUGGUUUCAAGCAUCUAGUUUUUGAGGAUAACUAUGAUACUGGAACUGGGGACCAUUAUUCGUUCAGACAAAUAUGCGAUCAAUUUUAUAUAAGAGGUGGUGGACAUAGCUGCUACAAAGAAAGCGACGAAGCUAGGAUAAGGCACAGAAGGAAGAAGUUUUGGGAGAAAGCAGUCGACACAGACGAGCUAUGUGGGCCCGGAGAAGCAUGGUGGGGCGUGAGAGGGCACAUGCGUGACAAUUUCAACCACAGCAAUAAGGUGAUUACAUACGGUCAACAUUUUCAGAACAGCAGAUUUGUGGAGUCGGUUCUUGAUGUUUACUGGGAGCUGCCACCUGUUGCUGGCCCUUCGCUGACUCAUCAGACGAGGUACGAUCCUGCGCGUACAUCUAUUCCUAUUGUCGAAGAUGGUAGAUACGGUUUGUUUCGAAGGCUUGGAUUGUCUCAGCUUGACCUCUCUGUAUUUAAUGGAUACACUCAAAUGGUGUAUCUUCAGGUAUCUAAGAAUGAUACGUAAGUCUUGUUUGAACAUGGUAGGGUUUUUUUUUCGUUUCUUGUGAUUUUGAAUUUGUGAAUAUUCUGUUUAUCUUUGCCUAAUCACUCGGAUUCUAGUUUUCGUUUUAUGAGCACUUAAAAAAUAUCCGUUCGAGCUU